CGAUCUUUCUGGACUACACUCAUACACGCACUACUAGUCUCUAUCCCUUUGAUCUCUCGCUAUCUUAUAAACCCAGCCAGACUGCAGCUUCUCUUUAUCCUUCCUAGCUAGCUGCAUAACUAGCACAUGCUAAAAUCACUUAAAAAUCCAGCACCUAACAUAUUUUCUUUCUUUAUUUACUUCGUGGUUUAAUUUGUUUGAUCCCUUUAUCAUUGCGGUCAACAGAGUCGACGUCCGAGUCUGGUACUGAUCAUCAGCGCCUUUCCAUAACAAAGACGAAAGCGAUGAUGCUGAUCAAUAAUUCAGCUUCAUUCCAAUCACUUGCCAAAUUUCCGUGCAUUGCAGAUUGGAAGAAGCAUUAAUGGUGGAGUACACAACCUGUUGGAGCCGCCUCUAAUUAAACCAGCUGCUUUCAGCCGCUAAUCAUCAACAUGGACGCGGACCCACCAUUUCACAAGGCCUACGAGAACCUCUUCGACAAAACUACCAAAAACAUUCCGCAGGAGGACCUCCUCAAUAAAAAUGAUAACAAGCUUUUCAUCGUCGAGGAAUGCGAGCUUCCUAUUAUCGAUCUCAGCCGCUUGAACCUCAGUGAACUGGAGAAAGAGAAGUGUAAGGCAGAGAUAGUGAGGGCUUCAAAAGAAUGGGGUUUUUUUCAAGUUGUGAAUCAUGAAAUUUCUAGUAAAAUUUGGGAGAAGAUAAGACUUGAGCAACAAAGGAUGUUCAAACAACCAUUCGAUAAGAAGAUCAAAGAGGACAAAUACUUAAAACAUUCAGCUGGAAGCUACCGUUGGGGCACACCUUCAGCAACAAAUCUAAGCCAGUUAUCAUGGUCAGAAGCUUUUCACAUUCCUUUGGUGGAUAUUUAUAGCUCAUCGGGUGGCUUCGACAGUACUCUCGGUACAAUAGUGCAACAGUUUGUUACGGCAGUAUCGAAUUUGGCACAAAAACUAGCUGAGAUCUUGGCUGAGAAAAUGGGUCACGAGUCAACUUUCUUUCAAGAAAAUUGUUUGCCAAGCACUUGCUAUCUUCGAAUGAAUCACUACCCACCUUGCCCAAUCGCUCUAGAUGAUCAGGUAUUUGGUCUAACGCCACACACUGAUAGUGACUUCCUCACAAUAUUGCAUCAAGACCAGGUUGGUGGACUGCAAUUGGUGAAAGAUGGGAAAUGGAUUGCGGUUAAACCUAAUCCAGAGGCUCUUAUUAUCAACAUUGGAGACUUAUUUCAGGCAUGGAGCAACGGUACGUAUGUGAGUGUAAAACACCGUGUGGUGACAAACCCAGUAGUAGAACGAUUUUCCACUGCAUAUUUCUUUUGUCCAGCAUAUGACACUGUAAUACAGAGUUGCUGUGAACCUGCAAUCUACAAAGAGUUCAGCUUUAGGGAAUAUAGGCAGCAGGUCCAAGCGGAUGUUCAAAAAUUGGGUUCCAAAAUAGGACUUGCUAGAUUUCUUGUUUAAAGGCAAUACCCCAAGAAUGUUGCAUGCAUGCAUCUACUAAGUUAUAAUGAUGUUGAUAUAUAUAUAUAUAUAUAUAUAUAUAUAUAUAUAUAUAUGUAUGUAUAUAGUAGAGAGAAAUAUUAAAUCUAGCACUACUUCGAACUGCAAAAUAAGAAAGGCAUAUAUGCAUGGUAGUUCUCAGUUUGCAUGAUUGACUGCAAUGUGAACAAAAAACUUUUGGAUGUUUUUGUUGAGGGCCGCAGUUUUUGAUCUUAACAUGUCAUGCCUACAUCAGGGUUCUGUAUAUAUGUAUGAUCAAUAUUCUUAUAUCUGUCUAUAUUAUAUAGAAGCUUAAUUAAUG